CACCAGCAUCAUCGUCAAGACGUUUAACCCUAAUCUCUUCAAAGAGAUUUUUCGCCUUCAUUGUGACAACACCCUGGGGCCCACUUCAUCCAAUCCGAUGAGGCGGAGUAUAAAGUCUUGGUCACCUCAGCCUCCGACACCAGCAGAAACAACUCUAUUGACAGAAGGAAACUGUAAUGACCAGCAUGGAUACAACAUUUUCCUACGGGGCAUCAUAUGCUUCACCAAUACAAUAUUUGUGCGGCGAAAGGAACGGUGCGCCAGGACUGCCCACGAAAGCCACGGAGACGAAACCAAAAUGCUCCUUCAGCAUUGAGGCUAUCCUCUCUACAAGUCCCCGGGAAUCCAGCCAGCUCAAGAUGGCAAUGCAUCAGGGGCUAACGCAUCCAACACCGUUUGCCCCUCAUCCGUGGCUUCCAUCGGGAUAUUCUACCCCGGGCUCGCCUUAUACCUAUCAUUACACGAGCUACCAUCCAAACGAAAUCCAAAACCACAAUGGUUUUACCGGACCGUGUGACAAGCUGAUGUCAAGAAGGAGCUAUGUGCGGAGAACCUGCAGGAGAAUCCGUACUAUCUUCACCGAUGAGCAGCUGAUGAAGCUAGAGGAAGUAUUCAGCAAACAGCGUUACAUGACAGGAACCGAGAAGGUGCUGCUCGCCUCUGCUCUUCGCCUCUCCGAGACUCAGGUGAAGGUUUGGUUCCAAAAUAGAAGAACGAGGUGGCGCAAGACCCAAGAAGACAAGACCAGCAACCAGCUUAGCUCUCCGAGACAGGACGAGUUUAUCUCGGUGGACGAGGAAGAUUCAUGGUCACCUUGAAGGAAAACGUUUGAUAGUCUUAAUGCAAGAGACGCAUUAAUGUGAUAUAAUUUAAAUGCUUGUUACACAAGAACGUUUAUUUGCGAUACUCGUACAGUAAAAUGUCCAGUGUUAAAUCAAGUCAGAAUAUAGCCGAUACUCUAAUCGAGUAGCCUAGCCUGAGGUCUGUAUUGGACUAUAAACUCUUGUUGAAUGAACAGUGGACUGUUUACUGUGCUGAGAUUGUAAUCUGCGAUGUUCCACCGUG